AAGUGAAGUUUGGACGAACACAGCCGUUCACGUACAGACACCGAGGCAAGCAGCUGUAGCUUCAUUUAGGCUUAUUCAAACUUUCAGGCACUAUGGAGGUGUCCGGGGUGGCUCUGCGUGUCCUGUCCGUGUUUGUCGCUCUGUUCUCGGACAGGUUCGUGGCAGUGGCUGGCUUCUCUCAGUCGUUGGACAGCGACUUCACGUUCACUCUCCCCCCCGGUCGAAAGGAGUGUUUCUACCAGACUAUGAGGAAAGAUGCCGCCCUGGAGAUUGAAUAUCAGGUAUUAGAUGGUGCAGGUCUUGACGUAGACUUCACAAUCUCCUCUCCUUCUGGCCACGUGCUGUACAGCGACUACCGCAAGUCAGACGGCGUGCACACGGUUGAAACGGAGGACGGAGACUACAUGUUCUGCUUCGACAACUCGUUCAGCUCCGUCUCUGAGAAGCUCAUCUUCUUCGAGCUGAUCCUGGACAACAUGGACACAGACAAAGACCCCGACGACUGGAAGGAGUACGUCCACGGAACAGAUAUACUGGACAUGAAGCUGGAGGACAUCAUGGACGCCAUCAACAAUGUGAAGGCGCGUUUAGGGAAGAGCGUGCAGAUCCAGACGGUGCUGCGGGCGUUCGAGGCUCGCGACAGAAACCUGCAGGAGAGUAACUUCGACAGGGUGAACUUCUGGUCGGUGGUAAAUAUGGUCGCCAUGAUGUUGGUGUCAGCGGUUCAGAUCUACCUGGUCCGCUCGCUCUUUGAAGACAAGAGGAAAGUCCGCACAUAACACCACCCGACACCUGAGAGAGAGAGAGAGAGACUAACUCACCUGCACACAGGAACCUUUGGGAAAGUUUUUCUGCAUUUCUCAUUUCUCCUGACUUUUAAUUCAGGAAGUCAUCUACACACACACACACACAAACACACACACACACACACACACACACACACA